UUAGAUGCUGUCCAGGAGGACUAAAGUAUUCAGCCACAAUAGCUGCAGGUGAAAUGUGUCUGAUGCUUUAGAUCAUGUUUAUGUCUGAGUGUGGCUGACAUAAGCGUUUUCGCUUCUUCGUUUGGUGUCUUUUUAUCUGCAGCACAAACCAAUUGCAAGCUGUGGGUUAUUGAUCGCAGCACCUACCAGACUGAACUUACACGAUGUGGUCUCGAUCGCUUUUCUCAGUCAAAGGAUCUGCUGAGAAGCCUUCCCUUCCUGCAGUCAUUGCCAGAGGAUGUCAUCAUGAGGAUGUCUGAUCACAUGAAAGAGACUAAUUACACAGACGGUGACUUCAUCGUUCGACAAGGAGCCACAGGAGACACCUUUUAUAUCAUCAGCAAAGGCCAGGUGAGUGUGUCGGAGAAGAAGCCAGGACAGCAGGAGGAGACGCUUCUGACUGAGCUCUGUGAAAAGCAGUGGUUUGGAGAAAAAUCCCUGUGGGGAGAAGAAAUUCACACUGUGAGUGUGGUGGCUGUAGGAGAGGUGACAUGCUUACUGAUAGACAGAGAGACCUUCAGAAACAUUAUUGAUGAGUCGGUGUCUGACAGCAGCCAGGGCAGCGAACCCAAGGCAGAGCCAAUGGAACACCCUUCCAUCUUGGAAUCCUGCACCUUAAGUGAUUUCCAGAUUGUUUGUACUCUGGGAGUUGGGGAGUUUGGUCACGUAGACUUGGUGCAACUAAAGAGCAACAUCAAGCAUUUUUUUGCCAUGAGAGUCUUGAGGAAGAAGCAGAUCCUUAGCAGAGGUCAGGGCGAGCGUGUCCUGAAAGAACGCAGCAUCCUAAUGGAGGCCCAUUGUCCUUUCAUCGUUAGGUUGUAUAAAACCUUCAGGGAUGCUGAGCAGCUGUUCUUUUUAACAGAAGCGUGUCUCGGUGGGGAUUUGUCUCAUCUGAUGAAAGACAGAGGACAUUUGGACGACUGCAGCACCAGGUUUUACACAGCUUGUGUUGUUGAAGCGCUGACCUUUCUCCACCAACGACGAGUCGCCUACAGAGACAUCAGACCUGGAAACGUUGUUCUGGAUGAGCGUGGUUAUGCUAAGCUGAUCGGCUCCAGAUGUAUGAAGAAGGUUGAGAUGGGUAAGAAAACCUGGACGUUCUGUGGUUCUCCGGGCCACGUGGCACCAGAAGUCAUCUUGAACAAAGGCCACGGUGUAUGUGCAGAUCUCUGGUCACUAGGUGUUUUUGUGUAUGAGCUUCUGAGUGGUGGCCUCCCAUUCAAUGGCUCUGACCCAUUAAAGAUCCUCACCGCCACACUUCAUGGCAUCGAUCAGAUCAAGUUCCCGAAGAUCAUCAGCAAUGACGCCUCUGAUUUAGUAAAGAGGCUGUGCCGGAGCAAUCCCACAGAGAGACUGGGAGGCCAAAAAAAUGGGGUCAAGGAUGUUCAGAGUCACAAGUGGUUUGAAGGAUUCAGCUGGGAUGGACUUCGUAAAGGAACACUGACACCCCCAGUUAUUCCCAGAGUUCCACAUUGUCUGGAAAACAGCACAUGUGCUUCUUAUACCGAGUCAUCAGCGGAGCAGAUCACAAACUUGGAGGAUUUCUGAGGAAUUUCUAAUGAAAUCAUAUUUGGAUUCAGUAUUAAUCCUCCGAUGAUUGUUUAGUACUCUGUAUGAUACAUUUUCACAGUUUUCACUGGCAGGAUCUGCACAAACUGAGCUCAAACUGUUUUUUUUAAUGUAAAAAAUAUACAUAAAUUAGAGUACUGCCACUGAAGCAGUUCAGUGUAAGGCAAUAAACACACAAACUUGUGUCACA